AUGGAAGGCCUGAACCCGCCCCCUGGCCGGCGUGAGCCAAUGGGAGGCUGGGACACGCCCCCAGACAGGCGUGAGCCAAUGGGAGGCCUGAACUCGCCCCCUGGCCGGGGCGAGCCAAUGGGAAGCCGGGCCACGCCCCCAUACCGGCGUGAGCCAAUGGGAGGCCUGAACCCGCCCCCUGGCCGGGGCGAGCCAAUGGGAGGUCGGGCCACGCCCCCAGGCCGGCUUGAGCCAAGGAAGGACGGCCCUCCUCCCCCAGUCGGCGUGAGCCAAUGGGAGGCCGGACCCCGCCGGCUGGCCAGUACAGGCGUGAGCCAAAGGGAAGGGGUCGGUCACCGCCCCCAGGCCGGGGUGAGCCAAUGGGAGGCCGGGAAACGCCCCCUGGCCGGUGUGAACCAAUGGGAGGACGGGAAACGCCCCCAGGCCGUCGCCGGCGUGGGCCAAUGGGAGGCCGGGCCCCUCUCGCGGGCGCCGCGGCGCGAGCGCCAUUCAGGCGUCACCCCAGACCCCCUUGGGGACCCCGGCUCCCCUCCGCCCGGGCCCCCAAAGCCCAGGCCUCCCUGGGGACCCCGGACCCCCCUAGAGACCCCCGUCCCCCAAUGCCCGAACGCCCUGGGGACCCCGGACCCCCCAAAGCCCAGACCCCCUGGGGGACCCCGGACCCCCCUAGGGACCCUCAUCCCCUAUCACCCGGACUCCCUGGGGACUCCAGACCCCCUCCGCCAGUACCCCCUGGGGACCCCGGCCCCCCAAAGCCCAGACCCCCUUGGGGACCCCGGACCCCCCUGGGAACCCCCAUCCCCCAACGCCCGGACCCCCAAAGCCCAGACCCCCUUGGGGACCCCGGACCCCCAAAGCCCAGACCUCCCUGGGGACCCCGGACCUCCCUAG